CUGAAUUCAAGUCACUCGCAAAGGAGAAUUCUUCCAAGCAGCAUCUCGACAUACUCUUCUCGACAUAAAAAAGAAUCCGCGGGAGCUUUGGACACGCAGUAACGGAAGUCCUCUCUCUCGUCGCAGGAGACAGCGCCAUGGGGACGAGGGGGCUUUGCGGCGCGCGGCCUUCAAGCCUGCCGCUCGGACUGGUCUUGGUGGUCGUCGCGACCCUCUCGCUUGCGGCGCUUGGGGUGGACGCCCAAGCACACAGGAGAGCGAGGGAGGUUGGAUCCAGAGUUCCGCUGAGGUUUGCGGGAGGACGUGACGCUUCACUGCCGAGCGUGGCCGCGAUCUCAGGCCCCCUGGACCAGCCGAUCGCCCUCAAUCGCAACAACCCCUUACCUGCCGGUCCGCCCAUCGUCUUCGGCCCCAAGAUCCGACGUCGCCCCUGGAGGUUCUGGUUCUGACGCUGGAGGAGGUCCUGAGUGACGGCACCUGCGUUUUGGAUAGCUCUUAGCCAUCAACACACAUUUUUUUUUUUUUUUACUUCGCUGUUGUCUUUAGAUUAGAUUGUAUUUUAUGUACAGUAGAUGAUGCAUACAAAAAGUGAGUGGUA